CGCCCACCCUGAGCUGAGCGGCGGAGCUGGCGAUAAACAGGCUGUGUCUGGGAGGAGGAGGAGGGCGCUCGCUCUCGGGCCUUCCGCCGCCUGCUGUCUCCUUUCGGCUCGCCCGGCGCGGGCGCAGGACGGCCGGCAGCCGGCUUGAGGGUGCCCGCUGCCAGGAGAAGGGCGCUUUGGCGGAGAGCUGUUGGAGUUGCUCGGAGGGCGAGAGACGGGCACUCUCCCCCAUGCCGGGCAGGUGGUGCGGUCCUGAGCCGGUCCUGGAGCCUGAACGACGCCCCUGAGAAGCCCGCAGAACGCGGGUUCUGUGAAGAGACGUGGGGAAGAUUCGAUUCCGAGAAAAGGAAGAGCCGGAUUGAAAGGGAGCGAGGCCGCUGAGGGGGAGGGGGCUGCCAAGAUGGCGUCCGCCUCCUCUGGGCCGGCGGCGGCCGGGUUUUCCUCCCUUGAUGCCGGGGUCCCCGCCGGAACCGCAGCAGCAGCAUCUGGAAUCAAGAGAGCUGCAGGUUCCGAGGGACCUUAUGCCUCUGUCAUGCCUGUCAAGAAAAUAGGCCACCGAGGUGUUGAUUCUUCUGGAGAGACUACAUAUAAAAAGACAACUUCAUCAGCCUUGAAAGGUGCCAUCCAGUUAGGCAUCACCCACACUGUGGGCAGCCUGAGUACUAAGCCAGAGCGAGAUGUCCUCAUGCAAGACUUCUACGUGGUGGAGAGUAUCUUCUUUCCCAGUGAAGGGAGCAACUUGACACCGGCUCAUCAUUACAAUGACUUUCGUUUCAAGACCUAUGCACCUGUUGCCUUCCGUUACUUUAGAGAGCUGUUUGGCAUCCGGCCUGAUGAUUACUUGUAUUCCCUUUGCAGUGAGCCAUUGAUUGAACUCUCCAACUCUGGGGCUAGUGGUUCCCUCUUCUAUGUGUCCAGUGAUGAUGAGUUCAUCAUUAAGACAGUCCAGCAUAAAGAAGCAGAAUUUCUGCAGAAGUUGCUUCCCGGAUACUAUAUGAAUCUUAACCAAAACCCUCGAACUUUGCUGCCUAAAUUCUAUGGACUAUACUGUGUGCAAGCAGGCGGCAAGAACAUACGAAUUGUGGUGAUGAACAAUCUCUUACCUCGGUCAGUCAAAAUGCAUAUGAAAUAUGACCUGAAGGGUUCAACUUAUAAACGGCGGGCUUCUCAGAAAGAACGAGAGAAGCCUCUUCCCACCUUUAAAGACCUGGAUUUCCUACAAGAUAUCCCUGAUGGUCUUUUUUUAGAUGCUGACAUGUACAGUGCUCUGUGUAAGACUCUGCAGCGUGACUGUUUGGUGCUACAGAGCUUCAAGAUAAUGGACUAUAGCCUCCUGAUGUCAAUCCACAAUAUGGAUCAUGCCCAGCGAGAGCCCAUAAACAAUGAAGCACAACACUCAGUUGACACUCGCAGGCCAGCCCCGCAGAAGGCUCUCUAUUCCACAGCUAUGGAAUCCAUUCAGGGCGAGGCUCGACGGGGUGGCACCGUGGAGACUGAGGACCACAUGGGUGGCAUCCCUGCCCGGAAUAACAAAGGGGAAAGGCUCCUGCUUUAUAUUGGCAUCAUUGAUAUUCUGCAGUCCUACAGGUUUGUUAAGAAGUUAGAGCACUCUUGGAAAGCACUGGUACACGAUGGGGACACAGUAUCAGUGCAUCGGCCAGGCUUCUAUGCUGAGCGGUUCCAGCGCUUCAUGUGCAACACAGUGUUCAAGAAGAUUCCCUUGAAGCCUUCUCCUUCCAAAAAGUUUCGGUCUGGCUCGUCUUUCUCUCGGCGAUCAGGCCCCAGCGGCAACUCCUGCAUUACUUACCAGCCACCGGUCUCUGGGGAACACAAAGCACAAGUGACUACAAAGGCCGAAGUGGAGCCAGAUGUACACCAUGGGCGCCCUGAUGUCUUACCUCAGACUCCACCUUUGGAAGAAAUCAGUGAGGGCUCACCUGUUCCCGGUCCCAGUUUCUCACCUGUAGUUGGAGAGCCUUUGCAAAUACUAAAUUUGAGUUCAACCUUGGAAAAGCUUGAAGUUGCAGAGUCAGAGUUCACUCAUUGAGCAGUGAGCCUGAGAAGACCUGAAACAAGACUCUACUAUCACUUUGAUCCCAAGAUGUCAGCCCUUGCCCCAGGAAUGCUGAGUCGUCUUGGUCAUCAAAAGAGGAGAGGAGCUAGCAGGGCUCCCCAACACAGUCCUCUCCUUCCUCUGGGCAUUAGUGCCUUUGACAGUUGAGGACAGCAGUGUCCUCACCACUCGAGCAUUGGGUGGCAUGAAUUUCCCCGGGCAGCCAUGGCCUAUGUAACUGAAUAUUUUUCACACUCCAUUCUUUGUGUGGAGGUGGGGCUGCUGGACGAGGUGGUUUUCUUCUCUUCACCUUUCUCCUGGAGCUGGACUCUUACUUCCUCAGGACAGACUAGUUGGACAUGGUUCCACCUUCGCUCUUCCUUCUGGUCUUUGAGAAGACCCCAGUGAUUUGUUUUAAAGGCUUUUUGGGGGAGAGUAAGGAUGAUCCUACCCCCAGCCUUCUUUCUUCCUCACAAAAGGGAAAGAACAAACAGCACAUGUUGUAAAUUCAAGUCAGUCUCAGAUAGAAGUUGUAGAAGUGUUGAGAAGAGCCCUAGUGUUUGAAGUAGAAAAGCUGUGCCCCGCCAGCAGCUGCUCUUCUCCCACACUUAGGGCCAAGGGAACGGUGAGGGGCACGGCCCCCUGCACCCUUUGUUAGACAAUGGGGCAGCCUUGUUAGGAGAGUAGACCUUCUCAGCAAGGCUCUACUCACCGCCAGGUCAUACAGUUAUUACUAUUUUGCAAUUUGGAAUGUAUUCUAAUAGUUUUUCUAAAUAUAAAGAAUUAUCAAAUGAUUUUAGACCAUUCUCCAAAGGAGAUUUCUUUGUCCUUCCCUUAUUUCCAACAGUAUUCUGCUCUUUGUGGAGCUCUGGUGGACGGGACACUUGUGUCUGUGUAACAGGCAGUCCGUAUCUAUGAGGUUAGAGAAUAUUUUCUUAAACUCCUGGGGAGCCACAGACUUCCCUCAGCAGGGUGAUCGCCAUGUCACCUGACCUGCCCCUUGCUUUGUUAGAGAGCUGGAAGUGGGUCUCACAAACCCUCUCCUCUCUGGCCCGACCUGUGGGGCGGUGCGUGGUGUUGCAGGCAGGCUGUUGAAAUCCCAUGUUGUUACUUUUCCAAUCCGUCCUACCUUGAUAUCAAGUUAGCCUACCCCUAAGUAACUGUCUAUAUUAGACACCCCCAGCCAGUUUCUGGCUGCCUGUCUUUGCUGCCAUGUUCUUUUUUACAAGAAGGAAAGAAACAAUUCUUACUAUUUUUUUUCAUAAUUUACUAUUUAUGAUGUAUUUAAGUGUAUUCAGGACAAAGUUCUGUAAGGGGUGGGAGGGAAUAUUUGCGGGAGGGCUUGGAUUAGGAAAAGGACAUGGGGUGUCAACAUUUUUAUGGAAUGUUACUAUUUGUCUCUUCUUUGUAUUGUUGAAAAUGACAAAUGCGUUAUAAAGGAAUAAAUACCUGGUUUUCAUGUAUUAAAAUUCUAUCAAAUACUUGACCCAAUUUUAAAUAUUUUGACUACCCUGAUAAUGAUGGUUUUAUUACAUUUUCAUGCAUGUACAUAGUGUGCAUGAUCGUUCUCAUCUCCCUUGUUGCCCUGUCUUUAGAGCUGUUUGUUAUGGGCUUAGUUGUUGGUGCUAGGGCUAAACCCAAGGAGAAAGAACUUGUGCCUGAUUGCUGAGCCACACCCUAGCCUUCUUGGAUCUUUUCCACAUCCCCUCUGCUCCAGCUCUCUCCUCCACCCAGGCUCAGUUUGUGUUAGCAUGAACAAAAUCUUCACCCAGCCUCCCCAUCCUUCAGCUGAAGUGUGAUUCAAGCUGAGAGCAGUGGCUUCAGUUCCCGACUGCAAUAGUUUAAACUUGAAGAACUCUUUUUUAUUUUUUUAUUUUUAUCUUUUUAAAAUAAUUAUUUAUUUAGUAUACAAUAUUCUGUCUGUAUGACUGAAGGCCAGAAGAGGGCGCCAGACCUCUUUACAGAUGGUUGUGAGCCACCAUGUGGUUGCUGGGAAUUGAACUCAGGACCUUUGGAAGAGCAGGCAACGCUCUUAACCACUGAGCCAUCUCUCCAGCCCCCUGAAGAACUCUUGAGUAGAUUGUAACUCAGUCUAUUAACUCAAGGAUUUGAGAUUCUUUUUGUUUUGUUUUUUUGAGGCGGGGUUUCUCUGUAAUUUUUUUUUGGAGCCUGUCCUGGCUCUUGCUCUGUAGACCAGGCUGGCCUUGAAUUCACAGAUCCUCUUGCCUCUGCCUCUCAAGUGCUGGAAUUAAAGGUGUGCACCACCGCUGCCUGGCUGGAGGCUUCCUUUUUUUUCUGGGGCCAGAAAGAGGACUCUGGUUAAGAGCACUUGCUGGUUUAGUUCCUAGUGCAGACAAGGAGCCUCAGAACCCUCUGUAACUCCAGUCCCAGAGGAUCUGAUACCCUCUUAGCUCUGUAGAUACCAAGCACAUAUAUGAUGCACAUAUAUGCAUGCAGGCAAACACUUAAACUUAUUUUUUUUUUAAAGAUUUAUUGUAUAUGCAGUGUUCUGUACUACAUGUGUCCUUGCAAACCAGAAGAGGACACCAGAUCUCAUUAUAGAUGGUUGUGAGCCACCAUGUGGUCGCUGGGAAUUGAACUCAGGACCUGGAUGAGCAGCCAGUGCCCUAUGGCGCUGAGCCAUCUCUCCAGCCCCCCUCUCCCCCCCAAGAUAAUUGUAUAAACUUUUGUUAUGCUCUUCAGUAGGAAACUAGACUGGUGAUCUGGGCUCAUUUUAAUGCCUGGAGAUGGGGAAGCUUUAGAAUCAGAUUUUGUGUGUGUGUGUUUGCACAAAUGUACAGGUUGCAUGUAUGUGGAAACAGAGUACGGCCUUGAGUGUCCUUUUCCCAAAAGUGCUAUCCACUUUGUUUUGUAAGAUGUGGUCUCUCAUUGACCUAGAAGUCACCAGAGUAGGCAGUCUUGCUGGCCAGUGGGCACCAGGAACCCCUUCUCAGUCUCUUACCAGUGCUGGAAUUAAUUACAAGUGUGCAUCACUGUGCCUGCCUUCUGUAUAUCAAGUUCUUGUGCUUGUAUGGCAAGUACUUCCUGACUGAGUUGUCUUGUCAGCCUAGGGAAGCAAGUCAACUAAACAUUGUUCUUUUUCAUACCAGUAUUCCCUGUUCUGUGAAGAUCAUUUAGAAUCAUGUCUGUACAAGGUUUAGGAAGGUUGAGAGUAGUGCAGCAGAGUCUCUAGGCAAAGGUGGUAGCAUGUGUCCAGGAAAGCUGCAAGCAGCAGCGGUAGCUGUGAGAUGAGCUGGCUAAGGAAACGGUGGAGACGGAGUUAUCCCACAAUGUGGAGGUGGUUCUAGGUGACAAGGACAUUCUUGGAGAAUAUGGGGACUGAAAUCACUGUUGAAAUGGGAUCACAUGAAGCUGCUCAUCCUACUGGUAUUCUGAAUUAUAUCAUCAUGUAUAUAAUUUCCAUAAUA